AAAAAGUCAGUAAACAUAUUUUUGCUCAGGUAAAGUAGGGUUCGCUCUUUACAGUGUGCAAGUGUUACAUAUUAUAACGAAACGAAAAUGAAAGUAGUCGGACUUUUCCUUUUGGUAGUCAUUGUGGUAUUUCUACAAACGGUGCUAGCUGAUCCUAAAGCGGAUCCCGUUGCUUCACCUGAACCUUGGAGAUCAGGAUGGGGAGGUUAUCGCGGUUAUGGCGGUUGGGGUUACAGACCGUACUAUAGACCAUAUGGAUAUGGCGGUUACGGCCGAGGAUGGGGAGGUGGAUAUGGGAGAGGAUACGGAUACGGAAAGGGAUGGGGUUGGGGAAAAUAAUGACGAAAGGAUUCACGGCAAAAAGGCGAUAACGGAGAGUUUAUUGUAAUAAUUUAUACAAGAUACUGUCUUUUUUACAAAAAAUAAAGCAGUUCUAUGUUUUA